AUGACGAAGGCCGUCUGUUUUUUGUUCACGGCAGUGGAGGUUGUGGCAAGACUUUUCUCUGAAGACACUAAUUCUAAAGUCCGUUCUGAGAGUAAGAUAGUUCUGCCAGUUGCAAGUUCAGGCAUUGCAGCCACUCUCAUGCCUGGAGGUAGAACGGCUCACUCAAGGUUUAAAAUUCCUAUUGUGUUGGAUGAGUAUUCAAUGUGUAACAUAUCACAGCAGUCUGAUAUAGCCAAGCUUAUCCAACAAACAAGCCUCAUAAUAUGGGAUGAAGCACCAAUGCAACAUCGUUAUGCCUUCGAGUGUCUUGACGUUCUUUACGCUGAGGUGUUGGCAGCAUGUAUAAUACGAUCAAAGUUGUGGACUAAUGUCCACUUACACAGUCUCACCAAAAAUAUGCGCAUACAUAAAGGUACAAGUCCAGAUGAGGCAAAGCGUAUGAAAGAGUUUAGUGAAUGGGUUUUGAAAGUUGGUGAUGGGAAAAUAGAGCGAGCUCCUGAAGCCGAAUGUGAAGAUGAUAUUGUCAUUCCACCUGAGUUCUGUAAGAUCACUGAAGACAGUUGUAUAGACGAGAUGAUCAGGACCACGUUUCCAGAUCUGGGAACUCGGUACAAGGACCCGAAAUACCUCAGCGAAAGGGCAAUACUCACUCCAAUGAAUUGCACUGUAAGUCAUGUAAAUUCUGUGAUUGUUGAUCAAAUACCUGGAGAUAGCGUAUCCUAUUUUAGUGUGGAUCAUGGAGAAGACUUCCCUGGAACAAAGUCUGAGCUACAACAUAGCUUCCCCCCAGAGUAUUUAAACUCCCUGAAUGUUCCCGGAUUGCCCAGCCAUGAACUUAAACUUAAAGAAGGUGUAGUUGUCAUGUUAAUGCGUAACCUAAAUCAAACUUUAGGUUUAUGCAAUGGUACAAGGAUGAUGGUCACUAAGCUGCUUCCACAUUGUGUCCAAUGCGAGGUGAUUUCUGGUAGUUAUGUUGGUACAAGGCAUUUCAUUCCACGAAUGGAACUGUUCCCCACUGAUUCCACACUUCCUUUCAAGCUUCUAAGGAAACAGAUGCCUUUACAGAUAUGCUAUGCCAUGACAAUAAUAAAUCGCAAGGUCAAUCCCUUGAAACAGUUGGUUUGUUCCUCCCUAAACCUGUCUUCACUCAUGGACAGUUAUACGUCGCAGUAA